AUGAAAUAGUCAGAUUUAUCAUCGAAUCUUUCAUUAGAUUUUUUAGAUACUAACUGCUUGAGCAGUGAUGAUUAUAUUAGUGACGAUGAAAAGGAUGUUCAUAGUCUACCUCAUGACUAUAAAUUUUUUGUAAACUAAAUGAGGAAUAGCGAUCACAUGAUGAAAGAUCUCAAACGAAUAAAUGAAAUUACUUUAUAAUCUUUCAAAACUAUUUAAGAAAACAUGAGAAAUUUAGAAAAGUAUUCUUUAGAAAGAGCAAGAUUCCGUGAUGAUAGAAUUAAUAGAAAUCAAAUAACCUUUGAUAACAUUCUAAAGAGAGUAAAGACAACGAAUAAACCUAGGAACCUCACUGGUAGUUCAUUCAUGACAGAUUUUUCUUGGGUUGCUGAGAAAUCUUAGGAAGUUUAAAUUGAAGAAAGUUCCUCUUCAUCAUCAAGCUCCAAUGAAGAUUAGAUACUCCAGAAUGAAAUUACUUAGAUAAAUACCAAGCUAAACCUGGUAGAAUUAAGGGAUUAACAUCCCAGUUCAUUUAGUAAAGAAUAAGAAAUGCAGUUGUCAGAUUGGGAAAAUGAGGAGAUUAAAGACUAAAUCGGAGAAAUAACAGACUACUAGGAUAAUAGCAUUAGAAACAAUAAAUACAGAAAGCUUUCUUGGGUUAAUUCAAGCAUAGCUUAAUAAAAAAGAUUUAACAAAAGUGAUGUGGAAAUUAGAAUCUCCUCUUUAUCUCAAUCACCGUCCUAAGAUGACUCUGCAUAAACACCAAUCACAUGA